AUGUUCUCAACAUCGAACAGGAAGCACGCAGAGGGCAGUUUCAGCAAGCAUCGCGCUUCCAAAUCCAAAUCGCACAAGAAGAACCCAUCGUUCCGGGACUCUCCAAGAAAAAUGGAGCGCUCAGGCUUCAUCACCACAGUCGAACCAGACAUCGCCAACACUUGGAUCGUAAGUCUGCGAUCGAUCGAGGACUUCGUGGCUUUGCUGACAGGUAUCUACAGUGCUAUCAUCACUAUCGCAGUAGGUCGCGAGCAACGUCUGUUCGCUGCUCACGAGGAUGUCUUGUCGCACAGUCCCUUCUUCUCGGACUUUCUUCGUGGCCAAUUCUUCCAGUCCACCAACAAGCGCCUCGACCUACCUGACGAAGAGCCCGAAGUGUUUUCAUCGAUCCUUGAAUACUUGUAUAAGGGCGACUAUUAUCCUCGAAUGGAGUACAACAAGAAGCGGAACAGCUGGGCCCUUGAGGACGGUGGCGGCAGCAAUGGUGUCAGCGAAGCUGUUAUCAACACUGCUGCAGGAGCCAUUUUGAAAGAUACUAUCGUGUAUUGUCAGGCUGACCGAUAUGGGCUUGAGGAGCUCAAGAAACUAGCUCUGAAGAAGCAGGGCCUUCAGUCAGGCGUUCAAUGCUCAACCAUUCUUACAUCUGCCCGCUACGCAUACCAGAACACAUCCGCCAACGACUCAAAACUUAGAGGGCAUUACCUGGCACUCAUCAUUAGAGCAAGGAACACGUUCAAAAGAAGCGGCACAAUGCAAAGGGAGAUGGAAAGAGGGCGGUCAGCUCUUCUUCGACUUGUUCGUUGCUAUGUCAAACCAUCUGGACGAUCUGUCGCAAAAGUCGCCUCAUUAGGUUGCCAUCAAGACUGGCCCAGGGGUCCGCUUCUGGCCAACCCACCGCCUCAUCUCAUCUCACGUCUACCUAUUUUUUCCAAGCUCCUGUACUGGUUAUUUUCCGAGCGUCGCCGCCUACUUGUGAUCAUCAUGAGUCAUGGCCUCCGCUGCGCCCACUCUUAA